CCCGCUCAAAUCCAUCCCAAUCCGAAACCCUAAUCCUCGACCCCAUGAAGAUCUCCGAGCUCUCCCCCGAGUACCGCCAGCCGCCGCCGCACACCGGCUUCCUCACCGACCUCACCACCGUCGUCGCCGACGUCGAGUCAUUCGACACCUCCCCCUCCUCCCCGGACAAGCUCGCCACCGAUUUCCGCCGCGUCCUCACCAAUCUCGGCUCCGUCUCCUCCUCGCUCACCCACGCCUGCAGGAUCCAGAUAUGGAAGCUCGCCACCCGCCUCUGGAACGCGUGCGUCGACCGCGCCAACUCCACCGCCCUCGCCAGGAGCCCCUCCGCGCGCGCCGCCGAGGCGGAGAUCAGGCAGGCGGCGCCGGAGCUCCUCCUCCUCGCCGGCGUCCCCGACGAGAUCCCCCUGGCCGCCGCCAAGGCCGCCAACUUCUUCUCCCGCGCCGGCAAGGAGUGGCUCCACCUCGGCCGCCUCGACCUCGCCACCGCCUGCUUCGAGAAGGGCACGCCGCUGGUCUCCGCCACCGGCCCGGAAGAGGAGCGCCGCGUCCUGCUCGACCUCAACCUCGCGCGCGCUCGCGCGGCGUCGGGCGCGGGCGAUCAGUCCCUCGCCGUCGCGCUGCUCAGCCGGUCCAAGCCCCUCGCGUCCGCGUCUCCCGAGGGGAUCAAGUCCCUCGCCGAGGCGUACCUUUCCGUCGGCGAGGCCGCGCUCGCCACCAAACCCUCCGACCCCGCCGUCCAAGCGUCCAGCAUCAUCACCGAGGCGCUAGAUCUCUGCGACAAGCUGGCCUCCCACUCCGGUACAACCCCAAAUCUCAAUGACCUCAAGGGUCGAUGUUUCCGCUUCCUCGCAGUCGAGCGUCUCCAAGCCAAAGACCACGAGGGAACCAUCCGUUGCAUCAGGGCCUCGAGGUCUUCAGUAGGGCCGGCAGAGGAGCACCCGAGUGUGGCGAUUCUGGCCAUACGCGCGUGGCUGGGCAGUGGCAACUUGUUGGAGGCUGAAAGGGAGCUCGAGAGACUCAUGGUCAACCCCGAAGCACCGGAGCAUAUGUGCGUGAUGGCCGCGGAGGAGUACCUUGCCUCCGCGGGGCCUGAGCCUGCACGCAAGGUGCUUGUUGCGCUUGCUGCACGUUGCCGCUCGGGAGGUGCUGCUGCCGCCGUCAGAGUGGUCACCAAGGUGGUUCAGGGUGGUACCGGUAGCACUGGGCGUGCAAGGGCGAUCAGUGACCUCGUGUCUGAUGAGAGGGUGGUCGCGCUGUUCGCCGGCCCAGCUAACAGCAUUCAGCGUGGAGCAAUGCAUUCGCUGCUGUGGAGCUGCGGCGCCGAGCAUUUUCACGCAAAGAAUUACGACACAAGUGCCGACUUUUAUGAGAGAUCAAUGCUUUAUCUAUCCCGGGAAGAGGAAAGCAGACCCGGGCGAGCACAGUGCCUCCGAGUCCUUACCCUUUGCCAUCUAGCCCUUAAACAACUGGAUCGUGCACUAGAGUUUGUCAAUGAGGCUGACAAGGUGGAACACAGUGUCCACUGUGCUUUUCUGAAGAUUAAAAUCCAUCUGCAGAAGAAUGACACGGAUGAGGCUAUCAAGCAGAUGAAAACCAUGGUGGGUUGUGUUGACUUCAACCCUGAGUUCCUUGUACUCAUAACCCAUGAAGCUAUUGCCUGCAAGUCUGCCCGGGUAGCAGUUGCUUCAUUGACCUUCCUUCUUGGGCUCUGUUCUGCUGGAAAGCCUAUGUCGAUGCCUGAGGUUGUUGUCCUCCGCAAUCUUAUUGAGCUCCUUCGUCGCGAGCAAGGGACUGAGGAUGAGAUACUGAAGUACUCGAGACGUGCCAAGCUACGAAUGUCCGACCUCGGCAUGGAAGGCUUUUUUGGCAAUGGAGCUGUUGGAGGGCGUGAACUCAAUUGGUUUGCAGUCAAUAGCUGGAGUAUGGCUUUAAGGUUGACAGAGGAGCAAAAGUACGAUCUUAGUGCUGAGUUCUUUGAGCUUGCAGCAGAGUUUUUUGGUGGCACAAGUAACACUGAGGGUGAUGAAAAUCGUCCCACAGUUUGCAAAGCGUUGAUCCUGAGUGUCACUUCAAUGCUCGACGCCGAGGAGCAAAACAAUUCUCCAUUGUCAGAUUCUGACAUUAAAAAAGGUGUCGAGAUGCUCAGCAGAGCUGGCAAGCUAUUACCUUUGGUUUGGCCCUCGGUUCCAGUGGGCUCUGAUCAGGCUGAGGCCAACAAAUAUCUGUUUCUUCAUACCUUCAGCUCCUACUAUCUCCUUGACAGAAUGGACACUAGUACCCGUCCUCAGCAGCUCCAACUAGUCAAGAACUUUGCUACCUCUAAAGCCUGCACACCGGAUCAUCUUCUCACACUUGGAGUAACUGCUUCUAAAGGCACUCCACCAAACCUGCUGGUUGCUGAAUUCUCCUUGAAGGCUAGUAUCAAUGCCGCCCUUGCUUCUCAGUCCCCAAACUACAGGGUAAUCAGUAUUGCCCUCAGGAACCUAGCUUGCCUUGCUGCUUUGCAAGACUUAAGUGGUAGCGAGAGUGAUGCAGUCUAUGAUGUAUACCGACAAGCCUACAAGAUUGUGGUUGGACUGAGAGAUGGCGAAUACCCAUCUGAGGAAGGCCAGUGGCUUGCAACGACUGCCUGGAACAAGUCAUAUCUGUCCAGGCGGCUUAAUCAAGCCUCAGUUGCUAGAAAAUGGAUGAAGAUGGGAUUAGAUCUCUCUCGGCAUCUUGAGAACAUGAAGCAGUAUAUAGCAAGCAUGGAGCAAUGCUUUGAGAGCUUUAGGAAAAUGUCUGAUAGUGAACCCAGUGAAUGUAUUUUGCUUGGAAAGAAACCUGAUGAGUGUAGUCAGCAAGAUGGGGCACCAAGUACUAGUAUGUCUCUUAGCACGUCUCAGCCUAUCCUAGUAUAGUUAGAGAUACUUUCCAACAUGGUAGUUUACAACCAAGAGAUAAAUAGGUCACUGAGCUAUGGUUCACACUUUCGUUCACUUGAAUGUUGCAUAUGUCAAGUCAAUUGUCUGGAUGAUAUCAUAUCUGUAGUAACUAGCUAGCCUGUGGAUUCUUUGUUGGCAGUAACUAUGACCUUGUAUUUAAUGUAUGCUCAUGUGCAGUAGAGAUUACUGAGUGUUUGACUGUUUGUAA